AAAAUUUUCUGCGCUUAGGUAAAUAAAUAUUUUCCUAAGAAGAUUGAUCAGGAUUACUAAGCGAUUAGAGUUCUUUAUAUAUUUUCUUAAGCCUCAAACACAGGCCAAAAAGGGGAAAGAGUGUUUAGAAGUGCCGACAUGGCACACAGAGACCAUAAUUCUCCCGGGUCAAGUCGAAAUAUUGGUCCCCAAAAUCGCGCUCGUGGUUUGGGUGCAAUUCCACCAAAUGCUGAUGGUCGCAUGGACUUUUUAGAAGAACCGGAAAAUAAUGAAGAGUUUCCUCUGCAAGUUGUCAAUAGAAGACACAACCAACCAAGAGCUCGUGCCGGGGGUGUGAGGAUAGUGACUUAUCAAUCUUAUCGAGGGUACAGGUUACGACGUGAGGACCAACAGGAACAGCAGGGUAGGUUUUACAACUCGCCACCUGUGAACCAAGACCAGCAGAACGACAUCGUUCCGGUUCUAUCCAGUCCUGACGGCUUUUCCAGCGACUCUCUUGCUGGAGAAGAGCAUGAAUGGUCGGAUGGAAUGAGCAGUAUUUCAGAUUUGGAUGAACGACUUCCCCCAGCCGCAGCCCCACCUGCUUACCCCGUUCCAGGGGCGGCUGAUUCACCCCCACCAGAUUUUCUCGGGAUAUCUAUGGGUUCUAGGGGGGUGGGUUCUUCCCGUGGUAAUAAGAGAACUCGAACUGGCAGCACAUCAAGUUACUCCUCAGUUGAAUCUGUGUGUUUCAAUUCACGCAAACAAAAGAUAUCAAACACCAACUCAGUCCAAUGCAUCUCACAACGCAUGGCUCUUAUUGAUAAGCUUCAAAAAUACAGAUCCAACAAAGAGUUCACUGAUGUGAUUCUCACAGUGGAAGACCAGGAGAUAGCCUGCCAUCGUGUGGUGUUAGCUGCCAAUAGCCCCUACUUCCAUGCUCUACUUAGUUCCAACAUGAAAGAAGGCAGGGAGGGCAGAGUUCAUAUUCAAGGUCAUAAACCUGAAAUCGUGCAUAUGUUGGUACGACAUGCGUAUGCGGAAGCCAUCAAGGUCACUACUGAAAAUGCUCAGGAUGUAUUAGAAGCAGCAGAUUACUUCCAAAUGGAUAUGCUGAAAAGCCAUUGUGAAAAGUUCCUUAUACGACAAGUGGCAGAGAGCAAUUGCCUCGGUCUAAUGCAGUUUGCAUCACUACAUUCCCUAGACCGCUUGUACAACAAGGCAAAGAAAUAUGCAGUUAAAAACUUCAACAAAGUUUCGCAACAAGAGGAAUUUCUACGCCUACCACUCGCUACUUUGUCGAAAUACCUGGAAGAUCAUGGUCUUGUUGUACAAAGAGAAGAACAUGUCUAUGACGCAGCCAUGCGUUGGCUUGAGUAUGACGCCACCCGCAAAGAACAUGUUGCAGAAGUCCUACGCUGCGUGCGUUUGUUUUUCGUCAGCUCUCGUUUUCUUUUCGAGGUGAUCACAAAGCAUCCAAUGUUCCAGGGCAACCCAGAGGUACAGAACAUCUUAUCAGAGGCUUGUAAGUACCAUGCACUAGGUAGUAACGAAAUGAAACAUGGCAGUCUUCCACAUACAAAGCCACGCGCGUCAUCAGGCAUAAGUGAAGUAUUAGUGGUGGUUGGUGGGAUAUGCAACAACAGGAGGCUCUUAUACACAGAGUGCUACCAUCCAAACAAACAGGAUUGGAUUUCCCUAAGUGAUAUCUCCACCUCACAUGCUACAAUGCAUAGCUACAGUGUCUGCUCCCACAAAAACGACAUUUACAUAACUGGUGGCCACAGCAACUCAGGCAUGACGAUGGAUGCAGUUUCGGUCUACUUCUCCAACAUAGACCAGUGGAGUUUGCUUGCCCACAUGCAGCAUCCACGAGAAAGGCAUGGUUCAGCAUCUGUAGAUGGCGCUGUAUAUGUUGCAGGGGGUCUUAUGGCUUCUCCGAAAAAUCGUAAAAAACCUGGCGUUCUUGACAAUGUUGAGCGAUACAGACCCGACUACAAUCGUUGGGAGAAAGUAAAACCACUGCCUAAGAGAUGUUACUCUCCAGGUGUGCUUUCAUACAAGGAGAAAUUGUAUGUGAUUGGUGGUGUCAGUAUGACAGAGGAACCCAGCAACUCCAGCAAGAUCAUUCUUGAUUGCAUCCAGUGCUAUGACCCUCUCAAAGACAGUUGGAGCCAACUCCCCCUCGGACGACCCCUUGCCCGGCUCUCUUGCGCCCUCUACAGAGAUCAUUUCUACAUGAUCUCGAACAACGCAAGCUCGAUCUUCCGUUACGAUCCCAACACUUGUACACUGGAGGAGUGGAGGGAACUUCAUGAGCUCAACGUUGAGUUUGCUGGGCUUGCAGCAUUCAACGGCAAACUAGUGAUCAGUGGCGGUCAAAAAGGCAGCACCACCCUCAAUCAUAUGCUGGUUAUUGACUUCGAGAGUGGCAGGGUAGAAGAAGAGGUCAAAAUGAAGCGGUCACGAUGUAUGCACGGGUGCGUGCCAAUUGAUAAGUUUGGCUGACGGCGCCUGUCUCUGGCCACAAGAAUUCUUCGGAAACUAAAGCUCUAACUGUGGCCAAUGUGUCAAUACCAGGUCGUUGCAGAGUUUUCGUACACCAUUACCUUUUUCUUCCACUACAUAUUAAAUAUUUCAUGUGUUCUUUAUCAGUAAAAAGUGUAUCAUUCUCUUUUUUCUUUAAAAUAUAUAACUCCUACUCAACACCAGUGGGCAACUUUGUUCGGAUUUCAAAAAACUUUUUGUGCAAUCAAGAUUUCUUGGUAUGUAAUCCAAAGCUCCACUUCCCUUAGUGUUUGCCAGUAUACUUUUCCCCAUUACGUUACUUUUCGUACAAAAUUUAAGCUGCUUCUUAUUCUACAUCUUGGCAGGAAAUUCUCAAUAAAAGUUCUGAUAAAGUACAA